UUAAGCUGUCAAACAUUUCGGACGCCAUCUUGGGAACGACGCUUUAAAGACGCACGACGGACAGAAGACGCUUGGAGAUCGAAAUUCGCGUAGUUCUGGAAGCGUUUUUAGGCGAAAUCUUGCAGGAUUUCUGUUGCCAUGGUACCGGAAUAAUAUAAAAGGAAUAUUUCAAGCAACAUGGGACGUAUAACAACGAGCUGUUUCAUCCUGGUAAUGAUCGCCGUCUUGUGUGCGACCGGACACGCGGCAGAUUUUCCAUUUAGCUUCUUUCUGAAAUCCGAUUUCGCUGGGGUCCACUUCGUAAACAAGACAGCCGAAGUCGAGUACGUGAACGAGACGGAGUGCGGUCUCGCUUGCCUGUACGCACACGAGAUCCAUUGCGAUGCCUUCGAAUACGACUUCGAAAACGAAGAAUGUUACCUCGUCUCUUCAGAUGACGUUACAAAUGGCGUCAACGUGACCGAGAAUAAGGAUUCAAAUUAUUACACGAAGUUAUCAGGUCCAUGCCCAAAUCCACCCGUUGGGCUGGAAGACGGGACCGUCCCACUUUCUCGUAUUUCCAUGUCGUCAUACAUGGGCGGGGAGGAAAAUGGACCAAUAGACAUGGCCAGGGAUCACGUAAGGCUAAACUCGCCCGGUGGUUGGUGCGCUGGUGAAGCAGCGGAUAUUAACAACAUCACCGAAUGGAUACAGAUUGAUUUCGGUGAGCCUAAGAUGAUUGGUGCCGUAUCAACCCAAGGUUUUAAUCACCCAGAUCUUGACAACAUCUACUGCUCAGAAUAUUACCUCUCUUAUCGAUUUACCGAUAGCGAUACCGAUACAGGUUGGGUCAUCUACGAGGAGAGUAGUAGUACAAAGUUUUUCGAUGGUAAUUCUGAUAGCAAUGGAAUAGUAAACAACACGCUUGCUACCCCGGUCAAAGCCACCAGUAUGAGAUUACACCCAACCGUCUGUCAGAAUCAUCCAUGCAUGAGACUCGAAUUAUAUGGCUGUCGAGUCGACUGUGAACCGAACCCGUGUCGGCAUGAGAACGCAACAUGUACGGAUUCAAGCACGUGGGUUUGGAAUGUGACAUGUGACUGUCCUACAGGAUUGUCAGGUGACUUCUGUCAGGUCAAUUAUGACGAAUGUGCAUCAAAUCCAUGCCAGAACGGAGCAAAGUGCGUGGAUGGCGUCGAUCGCUACAACUGCGAUUGCGCAGACGGAUUUGAAGGCACCCAUUGUCAAACUAACAUUGAUGAAUGUGCUAGCAACCCAUGUCAGAACGGUGGUACGUGUGAAGAUGCUGAUAACGGAUUCAUUUGCACCUGUGUUGAUGGCUGGGGUGGUGGAAACUGCACAGAUUAUGAUGUUGUGUGUGAUGACGGCUACAUUGCUGGCCUCAACUCCUGUUACAAGCUGGAACUCAGCAACACCACCACCUACUCCUCGGCAAAGCAGUUCUGCCAGUCCAUCGGAGGGCAUCUCAUGUUUCCAAGCAGUAGCGAGGAGCAGAGCUUCAUCUCUGGAAUCCUCAACGACCAAGGGGUCUCCAGCGACGUGCAAGUGAGGAUAGGGAUGAGGUACAGUCCGGAUAAUGACUCGGUAGCGUACAACGAUGGCUCUGGCAGUCCGUCCUUUGAUGCCUGGGAGUCGUCAAGUCCUUCAGGGACCAGAGAAUGCGUUGCAUUGGUAGCAGAGGGGUCGUCCUGGGUGUGGGAGAAUGUCGGCUGUUCGGCGGACAGAGCUUACCUCUGUGAGAUAGACAAAGCCCAUGGUGGUUUCUCAGAGUGGGGCCGAUGGGAGGAAUGCAGCGUUGAGUGUGGACCAGGAGAGGGGUACCAGGUACGGCGUCGCACUUGCACCAACCCUGCCCCUUUAAUUGGUGGAGACGACUGCUCAGGAAACUACACACAGAACAGAACUUGUGGGACUGUAUGUCCAAUCGUUGAGUGUCCACCUGGCUUCGUCACCAGCUAUGAUACUUGCUACCUUUUGCAAGUCAACGAAACGGCGACGUACGACGACGCCAAAGCCGACUGCCAAAACCUGACCAUCUACGGUGGCCAUCUCCUCUUUGUCAAUGACAUGGACGAGGAAGCGUCCCUUGCUGCCAUUCUCAAAGAAUACCACGCUGAUGACUCUCUAAAGUAUUUUACGGGAAGUAAGUUCAACGUGACAUCGGGCAAUGUGACCUUUGAUUGGAAGUAUGCUUCAAGCCAAGAGCUGAACCUGACAUCCUGGACGGCCGAGGGGAGCUCCAUGUGGUCCGGUGGCUCUGCCGAUACUAGCGAUGUCAGCAAUGAGUGCGUUCUUAUAGAGAAAGAUGGGACAACGUGGAAAGCAGUGAAUGAGCAGUGCUCACAAAGCCUCGGCUAUAUUUGCGAAGUGAAUCUAGGUGAUGGUAAUUGGGGGGCAUGGCAUCCGUGGGGAGAAUGUAACUCCACCUGUGGAAGUGGUCACCAGACAAGAAUCCGCCUCUGUGAUGACCCCGCCCCUGUCCUGGGCGGAGCUAACUGCACCGGCAUCUCUGAGCAGACUAGAACUUGCACAGGUUCCUGUCCUUCUGUGUCUUGCCCUGAAGGAAUUGAUGCUUUUGGAGCAAGCUGCUUCAAGGUGGUGGACAACGAUGCAAAUUACACUGACCAGAACUCGGCCAGGAAAGCCUGCCUCCCACUGACCAACGGCAACGGUCACCUGGCGUACGUGCAGUCCUUUGCAGAACUGGAGUUUCUUGGAUUCCGGUUAGAGGAAUCGCAGUUUGGCUACAAGAGGGCACCGGUCUACGUUGGACUGACCCACGAUAACGGCAACUUGUACUACGACAAUGACACCAUGAUGGUGAAUGUGACGGGAUGGGACUCUGAGAAAUUGUGGGCAACUGACUUUCCGUCGGCUAAUAACUUAGAAUGCGUUGCAAUGGUCUAUGAUGAGGAUCGCCAUCAGUGGUUGCUGCGGGAUAUCCAAUGUUCAAGAGAGCUUGGCUAUAUCUGUGAGCUUACGCAGACUCCUGGUAACUGGGGCUCCUGGCUUGGUUGGAGCAUGUGCGAUGCGACCUGCGGCAAUGGCACCCAGGUCAGGAAGCGUCUUUGCGACGAUCCACCGGCGAUCCUUAACGGAACAGCAUGCCAGGGAGAUGCCAACGAAACAAAGGCAUGCACAGGGCCGUGUGAUGUGGUCACCUGCCCUAAUGGUUUUGAUGUCUACCACGAUAGCUGCUACAUGUUCUUCGUCAACGAAUCCGAGCAUGAUACCCUUGACAACGCAAACAUCACCUGCAAGAUUCUGACAAACGACACCGGUCGCGUGGUCCGUGUGGACAGCUACGACGAACAAUUCUUCCUGAACUGGGGGCUGAAGGAUCGCGACGUUGGCCGUGGGAACAGGAUAUUCGUCGGGCACACCUACGAUAGCAGCUCUUCGACGAUGCUGUAUUAUGGUUCCUCCGGGAAUGGACCUGCUAGCGCGGAGUGGCCUGACGGCGAUUGGUGGGCUAAUACGUACCCAAGGAACAAAGCUAACAAGGAGUGCGUUGCGUUGGUGUAUGAUUAUACUUCGGAGGAGUGGCUCUUCGGCGACGUAUCCUGUGAUGAUGAGAAUGGAUUCAUCUGUGAGAUUCCACAGACCCCUGGCGGGGUGAGUGAGUGGGGUCCGUGGAGCCAGUGCACCGACAGCUGCGGGAGCGGUACCCAGAUACGCUACAGGGAGUGUGACAACCCCGCUCCGGUCCUUGAUGGCCAGUUCUGUCAGGAUAGUCUCAACGACACCAGAUCCUGUGAAGACAGGUGCUCUGUUGUGACUUGUCCUGAUGGAUGGCUUACUGGCUAUGAUAGCUGCUACAAGCAGGUCCUUGGAAGUUUAGCCGACUACUCCAGCGCUAACCAGUCAUGUAAUAUGCUGACCAAUGACACAGGACAUCUUCUCUACAUCAAUAACCAGACAGAGCUCGAUGAGGUGAGCUGGUUGUUCAUUAAGCGUGGGGAGUCUGAGAGCAUCGAGUACCUGACCGGACUCCUGUACGAAUCCAGCACCCUCUCCUUUGAUAACGGCAUCGGAGCUCCCGAUGUGACCUCCUGGAGGACUGAAGAGGGCGCCCCAUGGGUGAAGAAUUAUCCCGCCGGUUCAGGAACCUGUGUCGGAUUGGCUUACAAUGACAAGACAUGGGAGUGGAGGCUGAUAAACGUUGAUUGUUCAGAUUCAAUGUAUUACAUCUGUGAGAUUACGCAGACUGAUGGCAACUGGGGUAGCUGGGGAGAAUGGUCUGCCUGCAGUCAGACCUGUGACGAGAGUGCCAACAUGGGGACCAGGCACAGAAACAGGACCUGUUCAGACCCAGCCCCUAUCCUGGAUGGGAACUACUGCGAAGGGAACAAGACCGAGUACGGGGCGUGCGGCUCACAGUGCCCCGCAGUACAUGGUAACUACUCUGAUUGGAUCAAUGGCGAAUGCAGCGUUUCUUGCUACUCCUGGGACAGUGACGGGAACAGGUACGGAGGGUUCCUGAACAGGACCAGAAACUGUACCAAUCCGGCUCCUCUGUAUGGCGGGGAUAACUGCACAGAUCUCGGGGACGAGUUUGAGACAGUCAGUUGCGGGACGGAAGAUGGCAACGCCUGCCCAGCAAUCAACGGAAGCUGGGGAAGUUGGAGUAACUGGACUAGCUGUAAUGUGACGUGUGGAAGCGGGUAUAAGGUCAGGACCAGGUCCUGUGACAGUCCUAGUCCAGAGCACGGGGGUGCUGACUGUGAAGGCGAUGAUACGGACCUCCUCUCCUGCACCAGAUUACCUUGCCCAAUUGAUGGGAACUGGACGGACUGGUCUUCCUGGUCGGUAUGCAGUCAGACUUGUGUUGGAGGAACGCAGUAUCGCACCAGAGCCUGUUCAGACCCCACCCCUAUGUACAACGGUACUGAGUGUUCCGGGGAUGACAUUCAAUGGCAGAAUUGCAGCAGUGACGUCACAUGUCCAAUUCAUGGAGGUUGGUCUGAAUGGAGUUCCUGGUCUGCCUGUAGCCUGUCCUGCGGUGGAGUCGGGACCACAACAAGGAACAGGUCCUGUAAUAACCCCUCGCCGGCCCACGGGGGAAACUCCUGCCCUGCAGCUGAUGCCUCUGAAGAGAGUGAAACCUGUGGGAAUGCUAAUUGCCCAAUUGAUGGAGAUUACAGCAGCUGGGAAUCUUGGACGGGCUGUUCCAUUAAUUGUGGGGAGGGAGGAGUAAGGUAUCGUUACCGGGCGUGUGAUAAUCCUGAACCACAGUAUGGUGGCUUGGACUGUGACCUCAAUGACCUCUACCUCCGACAGUCAUGUGAUUCUACUGUGAAUUGCACGGCUGAAAGAGAAGACUUCUACCAGAACAAGCCCACCUCUCAGAGCAGCACAGCGUCCGGCGGCGACUCUUACCGCGCCGUAGACAACGACUUCAACUCCAAUUUUGCCAGUGGCUCCUGCAUGGAGACCGACGUGGAGCUCAAUCCCUGGUGGCAGGUUGAUCUCGGCGGAGUUUAUCAGGUCCGAUCGGUAUCUAUCUACGUCAGGGGCGAUGAUUGCCUCGAUUGUACUUGGACACUGACUCCUCUUGUGGUUCGGCUUGGUGUCAGUUCUACUCCCAAAGAGAACAUGCGAUGCGGUAACAUCGUGGAAUCGUACUCGUCGUCUGUGGUUGACGUGAGCUGCGACCUGAUGGCCGGUAGAUAUCUUAGCAUUCAGAACGUUGCUGACACGGAGACCUCGCUCUCGUUCUGUGAGGUGGUAGUCAAUAUAGGUUCUUAUGCCUUCUUUGAUGGAUCGACCAAUGUCACCUUCAGCAACGCCCAGGCCAAGUGCUACCAACACGGAGCGGAGCUGGCCACGCCCGAUGAUCUCCUUGACAUGUACGACAAUGGAGACGAGUCCUGUGACUGGGGAUGGGCGUCUGACGGGUCGGUGAGGCGUGUCGUCCAGUCGUCGUCGGAAUGCGCUGCUGAUGGCUCAAGCGGAGGGGUGGUUGACAAGGGUGCUUCAGCCCAGUCCGGGGAGUGGGGUGUCUACUGCAUUCAGAGAAGUGAAGGAAAGAAUCUUAUUGGGCUACUAAUAAGUGAUGUUAGUUUCAAUGCCUCGUCAUCACAACCCGGCCUGGAUCCAACCAAGGCUAAUGUUUAUAAUGAGAAUGACACUCUAGGAUGGGUGCCUCAGAACUCAACAGAUGGAGAAUGGAUUGAGAUUGAUUUUGGGCAGUAUGUAGCACUGACUGGUGUGGCCACGAGAGGGCGCCCUUGCUGUGAUGGCCAUGUGACUGGUUACUAUCUCAAGUAUUCUAGUGAUGGUGAAAACUGGAGUUACUACGGCUCAGGAGCAACAAAGCUAAUUCAGGGUAACAUGGACAGUUCUUCCAUUGUCCGGCAUAGCUUGGAUCCCUUAGAAGGUGUGAGGUACGUCAGACUGGAACCAAAGACAUGGAACACUUCAAUCUCUCUCAGGGCAGACUUCUAUGGAGCAGUCCAACCAGUAAAUGGAGAUUUUGGUUCAUGGGGAGAAUGGGAGUCCUGCUCAGUGGCCUGUGAAGGAACAGGAACACAUCGUAGGACCAGGUCUUGUGAUAGUCCAGCCCAGGAAGGAAAUGGUCUGAGAUGCCAAAAGAAUGAGUACCAGGAACAGAUACUCGCUGACCCGCUCCAUUUCUUCAGAAUGAAUGCAAACAGCAAAUUAGGAGCGGAACAUACUAUCUCCUACAAUGUCAGCUCUGCUGAAGACUGUGCCAUCUUGUGUGCCAAAGAGGAGAUGUUCGUUUGUGCUUCAUUUGACCUUGGCGCUGAUUCGGGUGAAUGCAUUCUCAGCAACGUCUCAAAUUCGUUUCAUGACGAGAGUCUGAGCAUCGACGUCAAUUAUGACUACUAUGAAUUAGAUUACUCCUCUUGCAACGUCCACUACAUCGUUUCCAAGGCAAGGGGCAACACCCCUAGUGAUGGAAUCUAUCAGGUCAAGAUCGGGGUUAAUGUGAACGAUGUUUACUGUGACAUGAGCAGGGAUGGUGGUGGCUGGACCCUCGUUCUCACUCAGGCAAGCGCCAGUGGCUGGUCCAGCGUGACGACAAGAUUACGCAACAUCAAUAGUCCUUCUCUGACUUCAGAUUACUCCAUCCUCUCCAAGGGUGACACCAUUAAAGAUGGCGGAAGCGGGACAACCUUUAAGUACCGUCUAGAGUCUAUUGAGCGAGGGCGAUGGGGUGGCAUCUGGGAGGUUCCUGCCAACUACAGCUUCACCAACACCGACAAUUCUCAGGUCUCGACCCUCGUCGAGAUCUUCGACUCCUGGCAUGCGGACAACUCUUCUCUGCAGCACGUCAUGCCCUGGCUCACCUCCAACCAGUAUGCCCUCCUCCGUGCUCACAACGACACUGGCACCACAUCUCACUGGGCAGGAACCAUUGUUUGUGACUGCGCCGACCUGACCUGGAGUCCCUACACCAGUUGGUAUUCUGCAGACGAAGCACCCACCACGAUGGCGCAGACUACGAUACAAACUACGGUGCAGACUACGGUGCAGACUACUGUAGCCACGACAACCCAAGCUAGUAUGACCACCGCUGCCGGUGGAGGAAGCCGUAGGAGACGUGACGUUGAUCCAUCUAAGGAAGGAGACGAAGAUUUUGAAGAUUUCAAGUAUGCAAUGCAGAUCGGAGAACAGGAGAUGAAGAAUCUUGAGAAUGAACUGCUAUCGAGGAGAAAGAGGUCAUCUGCCGUGAACUUUGGCACGGUCUGGUACUGGGUACGGGAAGAUCACUAUGCAUUUACACCAUCAAUGGAAUUUGACAUGAGCGGACGCUGCAGCUAUGACACAGACAUCAAGAGCUGCAGCGACCCAUGCUCUGAGAAGGUUGUUCCCGCCUCCAACAGCAAGAUGGAAGGAACCCUGAAAGCACUCCCAACUCUCUCCAAUGCCAGGGAUGGAGCGGAACACAAGUGUGCCAUCUCCCUUGACGAGAACUAUGUUGAUCUUGGUGACCAGACCGAGUCUUGUCUCUACGACCCCAGCCUCUGCAAGCAAGGCCUGACCCUUGCGUUCUGGACGAUGCUGACACCUGAAAACACCGUGGACGAAACAACCGAUAUCAUCAGCUCUGCCGGUCUGGAAGUAUCCGUAUCCUCAGAAUCUUCCAACCUUCAGCUCAACGUCGCCCUCAACGACGACUACUACUACAGCCUAGCCAACGGAAGCAUCCCGGAAUCCGAGUGGUUCCAUGUGAUGAUCACCUACAAGAGAGGCAAAGGCUUGCGUCUUUACUUGAACGGAGAUCUUGCCACGAGCCAGGAAUCAUCAAGCACGGCUGCGGUUGUCCUCAGUGACAGCCUCACCAAUGUCUACCUGGGUGGGGACUAUGAGAAUGCUACAGCAUCGGCUUAUGAUGUUGCUGUGGUCCUCAGUGAUCUUCAGAUGUUCUACAGGAGAUUCUCUACGAUGAACGCCAAGCUCUUCUAUCUUGGUUCCGAUGCGAAUUCUCAGGGAGGAACCUGUGGCGAUGGUCCAUGCCCAGUGCAUGGAGGGUGGACCGCCUAUCAAGACGUCGGCUCUUGUUCCGUUGAGUGUGGUAGCGACGGUGUCAUUGAGCAGUGGCGGAACUGCUCCAACCCUACACCCCAGCAUGGUGGUAGUAAUUGCAGCGGGAAGAGUACAAGGUUUGUCAGCUGUCAAGGAGCUGCCUCAUGCUCAGAUAACGAAGACUCUGGACUCGGCAUGGAGCUCGGCAACAUAACCGAUUCCUACUUGACGGAAUCGGAAUGCUCGGCCAGCAACGACUCCUGCGCCACCUGGGCGCGGCUCAACGACGCCGACUCCUCCCACUGCUGGAUGCCCAACGGCACCGAGGGGGUGUGGCUUGAGAUUGAGCUGGAGUACCCCAUCAGGCUGAAGGGUGUGGCCACUAGUGGGCGCCCUUCAGAUGACAGCUAUGUAACGGAGUAUUAUGUCCAGUAUAGCUCGGAUGGUGAUGAUGGUUAUUCCGUGAUGGACGGCAAUAGCUCUAAGGUGUUCCGGGGAAACUAUAACAACACUUCCGUGGUCCGUCAUGACGUGAACGUGUCGGCUGACGUCAGCUACGUCAGGUUCGUCCCCACUUCCUGGAACAACGCUAUCUGCAUGAGGGUUGAGCUUUAUGGAGAAUAUCUACCCCUUGACGGUGGUUAUGGCAAGUGGGGCGACUGGACGGAGUGCAACGUUACCUGUGGGGGCGGUAUGCAGUUCCGUAAUAGGACGUGCGACAAUCCCAGUCCAAAGUUUGGCGGUCAGGAUUGCCAGGACCCGGACACCAAGUCUCAAGAAUGCAACACUAACAACUGUCCAAUUGAUGGAGGUUGGUCAGCAUGGGAGACUGUCGUAAACUGUUCCGUAUCGUGUGGAAGUGAUGGCAUCAAACAAGAACAGAGACAUUGCAACAACCCUCCAAAGCAGUACGGUGGCCAGCCUUGUGAUGGGGAUGAAUUUCGCUGGGUGUCCUGCUCAGGCGCUACUUCGUGCUCAGGUUUCAAAGAGACCGAACUAGGGAUCAUCAACGGUGAUAUUGCCGACUCGCAGUUCUCGGAAUCCAGCUGCUCCAGCUCCUCCACCUGCGGUAACGUGGCUCGUCUCGAUGCGUCGCAGAAUACCGAUUGCUGGAUCCCUGCGAACUCCACAACCUCGGAAUGGUUAGAGGUCAAUCUGACUGACAGCGCGACCCUGGUUGGCAUGGCGAUCCAGGGUCGGCCAUCGGAUGACCUGUAUGUGACCUCGUAUUACUUGUAUUAUUGGAAGAGCACUUCCAGCAGGUUCAUGGGCUACAAGGAUGCUAAUAGGAAGAAAAUGUUGUUCCAGGGAAAUAUUGAUAACACGAAUGCUGUGCGCUACGAUCUUGACGGACUCGAUGAUAUCACUUUUGUUAAAUUUGAGCCACAGUCAUGGAACGGCUCCAUCUGCAUGCGUGUGGCACUCUAUGGCUACUUCAAUCCGAUUGAUGGUGACUGGGGCGAGUGGAGCAGCUGGGACAACUGCAGCGUCACCUGCGGGGGUGGGGUGCAGUACCGGAACCGCACCUGCAACAACCCCGCCCCCAAGUACAAUGGAUCAGAAUGCUCAGGGGACAGCUGGGAAGUGCAGAGCUGCAACAACAACAACUGUCCAAUUGAUGGAGGUCUAUCCGACUGGUACGACGUGACCAACUGCUCGGUAAGCUGUGGUAAUUAUGGUACGGUCUCGCAGGAGCGUGAUUGUUCCAACCCUAAACCUCGGUACGGAGGAGCAGGAUGUGACGGCUUGCGGCAACAGUGGGUCUCCUGUAAUGCUGGCACUGCUUGUAACAGUAAUACUGACUACUCAUUGGGGAUCUCGGACACCAGUAACUCAGACGUUUGGUUAACUGCAUCGUCUAAAAGCAGUUCAACUUUAGGGCCUACAAAUGCUAGGCUUGGUGCAUCGGACACCAAUGCAGCAUGGACACCCAGUGAUGAUGAUAGCAAACCGUACUUGGAGAUCAUGUUUCCAGACGAUUUCAAUCUGAAGAGGGUGGCGACAGAGGGCCGACUCGGCUCCGACAGCUCCAAAAGCUGGGUGGAAACCUACUACAUUUCUUACAGGGCUAACGAUACUAACUGGAAGAAAUACAAGGAGAAUGGUUCCCCUAAGAUUUUCCAAGGAAACUUUGAUGAAACAACAGCAGUGUACAAUGAGCUGGACCCCAUUGUAGCCAACAUCACCAACGUCCGAUUCUAUCCACUUGAUUACAACGGUAGCAUUGCGAUGCGGGUAGACCUGUUUGGUAUAUUCAACCCACGCAAUGGCGAAUGGACCGAGUGGUCUUCCUGGACGUCAUGUCCCGUCACCUGCGGGGGCGCUUGGGAAACCAGGAACCGCACCUGUACCAGCCCCAGCCCCGCCUAUGGGGGCGCGGACUGCCCCUCCGACGAGAACGCAGAUGAGUCCAGGUCAUGCAACACACAGCCUUGCCCAAUUGAUGGACAAUGGACCGAAUGGGUCAGCUGGUCUAGCAUAGAUUGUUCCAUCAGCUGCGGUACUGAUGGCAUCAAGCAUAGGACUAGGACUUGCUCUAACCCCGAGCCCCAGUAUGGAGGGGCGGGGUGUGCAAACCCCGGGUAUACUGAGGAGUUUCAAGCCUGUGAUGCAGCUGGGUCUUGUGGAGAUUGUUAUGAGCCCAUUGGAAUGUAUGACGGUAGAAUAUCCGAUGCUCAGAUCAGUGCAUCCAACGAGAGAUACAACGAUUCCAACCUUGCCAUUCAUGCUCGACUUGAAAACACUGGCUCAGGUGCCCUCUGUUGGGAAGGUGUUCCAGACUUCAACGCCACCGACUACGAGCUGUCGUACGGCAUCACGAACAGCUCCUACAACUACAGCGACUACUGGCUACAGAUAGACUUCCCUACUCCCAUUGAUCUGUCUAUGAUCGGCAUCCAGGGUGGGGGAACUAUUGAACGAUGGGUGACGUACUAUAAUUUGACAGUGAGCCCGAAUGGGGUGGAUUGGUACAAGUAUGAAGUAGAUGGAGAGUGGAAGACAUUCUACGGUAACAUCGACAAGUCAACGAUCGUUCGUUCUACGUUACCUAAUGUCCAGACUGGUGUGGCGGGUCUUCGUAUCAUUCCUGUAGCGUGGGAGGGUGGUGGGCCGUGCUUGAGAGCUGAAGUGUAUGGCUGUUUCAACGUCCCAACUUGCAAUGACGCAAAGGCUGUUGCCACUACAUCGCUGGUCACAACAGCCGACCCGGAGUAUGUCAGUGUUGACCUUGGGUCACUUCAAAGGGUCACUCAGAUUAACACGGACGCAACGGGUACCGACUGGAUAAAAGAGUACUACGUCUACUUCAGCCACAAUAACUUUGAUUGGGUGCUUUAUGUGGAGGAUGGCAAGAGAAAGGACUUCAUUGGAAACUCUGACAGUACCAACACCGCCACCAAUGUUUUCAGGAAUCCCUUCCAUGCACGAUAUCUGAAGGUAGUGCCGCUGGCCGUUGAGAAUAGUAUGAGGGACGAUGUGGAGAUUUACACCUGUUCGGCUACAGUUGACCAGGACAGUGCUCCUGCCUCAACAGUUUGCUUCACACCAUUUGGCUUUGCCGACCACACCUUCAAUCAAACUGAAUCGUUCUCUGCCAGCUCCGUCUACCCCUCGUCGACCAACGCCAGCUUCCUCCCGGAGUACGCCCGUCUCCACAACCCCGCUCUCCCGGGAUCAGGCCUCCAGGGAUGGGUCUCUGCUGAUCUGAACACCGAUGCCAACUACUCCUCCAUCGAUCAGUUCUUUCAGCUUGACUUCGGUUACAGGAUCACGCUGUCUGGUCUUGCUCUGCAGGGUGUGCUUCUGGACAAUGGGACCAAUGCGACCUUUGAUCGCUUCAGUCUCUGGUUCAGUGAGGAUGCAGCGGACUGGAAACCCAUGAGGAAGAAGGGAAGCGAUGAUGUUACGAUUCUUGAUGGCCCUACCAAUGGAGACAUGGUUGUUCUUCACGAGUUGACCGAUGACCUCAAUGAUGACACUCGACCCCUUGAUCUCCGUUACCUGCGCAUCAAAUCAGAAUUCAACACUACUGGUCCCGUGGGUCUUAGGAUGGAAUUGUAUGGGUGUACUGCUAGAGUUGACACUGUGUGCCCCGAAGGAUGGUCUUUCUUCCAGACCUCAUGUUACAAGGUUUAUACAGAGGCCAAGUCUCGCCAGGCUGCAAAGACUACUUGUGCAAACGAAGGUGCCCACCUGGCUACAAUCACCAGCAUUGAUGAACAAAAAUUCUUGCGCAAGUUUGUACGGGCCUUUGACACCAGCGAUUACAACAUCGGGUUCAGACGAUAUGGAAAGACGUUCAGGUGGAUCGACAACACGUUCAUUGUUUACACAUCAUGGGCCAGGGAGGAGCCGUCGUACGAGAGAUACAAGAAGUGUGUUGCGUUAUCCAAAUCAGAGGAUGGGCUGUGGGUGUCGGUGGAUUGCGACGAUAAGAUCGGGUUUGUCUGCGAAUUCGAACGAGAUACAACGGACCUCUUUGCCUGCGGGGAGAACACCGUCUCCCUCCAUUGCCAUGACAACCAAAAGGUCAACAUCACGGCUGGCGAUUGGGGACGUACCAUGGACUGGGAAGUGUGCCCUCAGGAGUCGACUUUCAGCGCAUCGGACAUGCCGUGUUCGUCCGUCGGCACGUCCUCCUACUCCGCCAUUGAGGACUUUAUGGAGGAGUGUAGUAACGUGACGCACUGCUCUUUGUUGGCGGAUACCAGUACGUUGGGAUACCCAUGCUCUACCUCCAACAUGCAUCUCCACCUUAAUUUGACGUAUACUUGUGUUGAUUACAUGAAGUAUGCACGAGCCUGUGAGGGCGACUUCUUGGACAUCUCCUGCCCUGCUGCCGAUGAGGUCAUCCACAUCAUGGAUGCAAUGUACGGACGUACCCUCGACAACUCCAUCUGUCCUGGCCCGAACCGGUACGCUCCCACAAACUGCACAUUGGAUGAGAGUAUCAGGGAUGUUCGGACUUACUGCGAGGGCCAGCAUUCGUGCAAGUUUGCUAUCGAGGUGGAGGCGUUUAGCUCGGAUCCGUGUGACGGCGUGGCUAAGUACUUGGAUGUGAAUUACACGUGUGUUUCGGCUGCUCCCGUCAUCGAUGAUGAAUAUACAUACCAGGGAGACUGUGAGGAAGGUUGGACCAAGCAUGACUCACGCUGCAUCAAGGGAUUCCCUAAUAAGAACAGCACUUUCCAUGAGGCUGAGGAGAACUGUAAUAAUCUACAUGGACAUCUUGCUGGUGUACCCGGGGAUCACACACAGAGUUUCCUGAAAGGGCUGAUGACGGACUACUCAGACACUCAUUUCUGGGUCGGUUGCGUCAAGACGAAGAACAACACCUGCCGAUGGAAGGACGGAAUCGGGCACGUCUUUACCGAUUUCAGCGCAAGCUACGUCUCCGAUGGCAAAGAGAGGUGUAUCCAUCUUAGUGCUGAUCAUGACUUUAAGUGGGAAGAUGCGAGGUGUUCUGAUAGGAAUGCUUAUAUCUGCCAGCAAGAUUGUGUUCUAGCGUUUGGCAUGGCAGAUAAGACCAUCCGCAACGACCAAAUAGAUGUUAGCUCUACCAAAAUGCUUUCCAGUCUGGAUUCAUUCAAAUGGGAUGGACGCCUUAAUGACCCGUACGGAGCAUGGGUAGCAAGUAACAAGGAAACGCAGCAAUGGUUCCAGGUUGAUUUUGAGCGUGUGAUGAGGGUCAGGAAGUUUGCCACCCAAGGACAUCCUCGUUACGACUACUGGGUCUCCCGCUAUGCUCUUGACUACACUGUCAACGAUACCCUGAUCGAUGACGGGUUGUGGAACGAGUACGAUGAAGAAGGAGAGAGGAGGAUCUUUGUCGGUAACAACGAUAGCAGUACUGUAGUCUAUCAAUACUUGACGCAUUUCAUGUAUGCCCGCUACAUCCGUGUCCUACCCCUUAACUGGACCAAUGAGAUCUCCCUGCGUCUCGAGGUGUAUGGUUGUUUCCUAGAGGACGAGAAACCAGAAGUGCUAGAAGUCAUCAAUUCCACCAAGCUCCACUACGAGUACAACGGCACCAUCCAAUGCCUAGCUUUCGGCAUGCCUCUCCCGAACAUCACAUGGAUUCGGGAUGGAGAUCACUACGUAGGGAACGAGAACGCAACAAUCGUUACGUACGCUCUUGACGAUCACCACGUCAUCUCGGAGAUUCGGUUUCAUCCGCUGUGGGAUGAUCGCGGUUAUUAUACAUGUGUUGCAAGGAAUCAGCACGGCAGUGAUCGAUCAUCGUUCUACAGUUACAAAGGCCCUCCACUCUACGAGGGAGGGAAGAUAGUCUGUGACGACGAUGAUCUCAAACUACAAUGCCCUGUGGGUGAAUACAUUCAGAUAACAGGAGCUUUCUAUGGUAGGAUGCACAAUGAAAAGUGUAUCAUAUACGAUGAUUACUAUCCGACAGAUUGCGAAUAUGAUCCGGACACUGUCUUGUACCGCAUGCAGCGGCAAUGCGACAAGAAGGAACACUGCGUCUUACAUACAAGUGAGGCUAUGUUUGGAGCAGUGGGAGAUAAUUACACCCUGUGCGACGGGUUUACCAAGUAUAUCAACAUGACGUAUGAUUGUAUAGGUUAUGACUGGACCGAGUGGUACAACACCGAUACACCUGCCGAUGGCGUUGAAGACGAAUCACAUUACAGCAUAUACAAAAUGAGCUCCAACCUGUGUGCUGACCCUCAAGACGCUGAAUGUCGCCAGGUCAGUGACGGUCAGUCCCACUAUGCCCUCGGACAAGUGCUGCAACGUCCUUGUUCCCUCAACAACGAGGGCGGGCUACUCUGCUAUGACAGUGACCAGACUAGCGGGACUUGUAAGGAUUAUGAAGUCAGGUUUCUUUGCCCCGGAGAAGAGCUUGGUAUAUGGGGCCACGAGGAAGCAUUAGAGUGUGAUGAUGAAGAGCUAGCCAUAGCAUGCCAGGCUGACUACUCCAUCAAGAUUCACAAGGCCUUCUAUGGCAGAAAAGAAGAAGGUCUGUGCUCGGCAGGGAACAACUACACUUAUUCCCUUGACUGUGAACUGAACCAGGAACUGGUCCUGAAGAUGGUCCAGAAGAACUGUGAUAACAAGCAGACCUGCCGCCUCAAUGUGGAGUUUGCCACCGUGCUCUCGGACCCCUGCCCGGAGCAGCCUAAGUACCUGGAUAUCAGGUUCAGCUGUGAGAGAUAUAGGAGUGAUUUUGCCCGAGGGAAGUCGGCCAACAUGAGCAGUCUCUCGUCAUCUUCGGAGGUCGUUAACGCCACCACAGACUACAUCCUUGAGGUUGAUUGUUCGGAGGGAUGGUGCACGCAGUCCGCUGAUGAGUAUGAACCCUGGUGGGUCGUUGACCUCCAGGCGAACUACGACAUCAAUGUCGUCACGGUCUACACUUGCGAUGAUGCCAACUCUGCUUCCACUCUGGACAACUUCCAGGUCAGCAUCGGCAACAGCUCUGACAUCAGCUUCAACGAGGAAUGUGGCGAGGUCGUUUCUUCCACCCAGCCCGGCCCUAAUUCAGUUUUCUGCAACCACACCAUGCGAGGGCGGUAUAUAGGUAUCCAGCUCGUCGGAAGAACCGACUCUAUACAGAUAUGUGAAGUCACUGUUCAGCACUUGGGACCGUUCCCAGUAAAAGCCAUGGCCUGCGACGACCAACUCCUGGAGCUUUCGUGUGCAGUUAACGAGAUCGGUUACCUCAAGAUCGAGAACGUCUUCUACGGACGCAGAGAAGAUGGCAAACACUGUCCUCACAGGUGGUCGAACCACACUUAUGAUACAAACUGUGCUGCAGACACAAGCACACUGGUUAAUCUCGUCAAGGAGAAAUGUGAGAACGAGCGUCAGUGCAGCGUGGAUGUCACCUCCGACAUCCUGAACUCCCUGUCAGCCGAUCCCUGCCAGGGAGAAUUCAAGUAUCUGGAGGUGGAAUACACCUGCCAGAAGUUCCUGGAAGGAAACAACACUCAGUCAUCAACCUAUGCUGUGUGCCGAGAGGAAAAUCUCCAGAUUGCUUGCUACGGCAGUAAUCGCUUCAUCGAGAUCACCAGUGCCUCCUACAAGCAUGUCACUGCUACCUCUCCGUCAUGGUGUACAGAAUCACCUUCGGAUAAUUCUGCCAGUUGUUCAAGCCAGGAUGUCAAGAGCGUUGUAGCUGCCAACUGUGACAACAAGGUUACCUGUACUGUCGUUGCUGAUGAUUACUUCCUUGGUGCAACGGCUUGCACCACCCACAAAAUGCAACUCGAGGUUACAUUUGAUUGCAAGGAUGAGCUUCCAUCUGGUGAGAUAUCCCUAAUCGGAUGUGAAGGACUCGAUGCAGAGCUAUCCCUCUCUUGCCCCGACGGAAAAUACAUAUCCAUCAAUGAUGCGUUCUACGGACGCACCCAGGUCGGUAGCUCGUCCUAUGUCUGUCCUGCAGCUGAUGGCAAUGAUGCUACCACGUCAUGCCGGUCUAGCAACACCCAGGCUAUCGUUGAGUCGUACUGCCAAGACCAAAGGACCUGUAGCAUCCCGGUUAAUGGGAAUAUUCUGAGCUCAUCUGACCCCUGUUCCAGCAUAUCAUCCAAGUAUCUACAAGUUGAUUAUGAUUGCUUAGGUGGUCGUCCUCUGAAUGAUAUCACCUUGUAUGCCUGCCAAGAUCAUGAUGAUUUGUCGGUAGAGUGUCCUGUGGAUUAUCCCUAUGUCAGGAUCAUUGAGGCAGAGUACGGAAGGACAGAAGAUCAAUUCCGCUGUGCCUACAGGGAGAAUCUCCCUUCGUUCACCUCCUUCCAGGGGUGUGACACGCCCGGUGUCCUGACCGAGGCUCGGUCACUCUGCACCAACGAGAGGAACUGUUCUGUACCUAGUCACUGGAAGUAUUAUGUUGACAAGGAACCCUGUGUGGGAACCUACAAGUACCUCAAAGUCACCUACAGAUGUCUAAUGGGUCCCAUCGACUUCACCCGUGGCUACCGCUGGUUCUUCGUCAACCCUCAUCAUGACAUGAAGAACUACGCCCUCUUCAACCAUCUCCUGGGAAGCUACAAAGUCCGCAACUUCCUGGAGUGCAUCAACCGUUGCCUCAGGAAUGCCGACUGCGUGUCCUUUAACUACAAGGACGUGUGGUCAAACACGGGAUAUCCCUGCCAACUCAGCGACAUGAUCGUUGCGGAAGUGCCCUACGACUUCGGAUACGCCAGUGGAUACGAAUACUAUGAAAAAGAUUCUUAUAGAGUGCGGUAGUCCAGGUUGUAUAGUAAAUAUGUAAUUUAUGAAUUAUUUGUUUUAUAUUAUGUACCUGUUUAAACAAUAAUGUUCAGAUUUUAGACUAUGGUCAAUAGCUUUGUUUUCAAGGAAUUUGACCGGUGAAACUGUCAAAGGGCAGGAAUAUUUAAAAAUAUAUUAUUAAAUGUUUGUAUUUUAUAUGUGCCAAAUUUGUUUUGUUGUCUAGUGUGUGAAAUGUAUUGGUGAUGUGCGAUAGUAAUUUGCACUUGAAAAUAUGUUUUUUGCCAUUAAAAAGAAAAAAGUCAUGUUAAUUCAAUUUUAUGUGUAUAAUAUCUUGAUCUUUAACUAUGUGUAUUUCUGUAGAUCAUGGCUGAAUGCAUGAUUUUUGCCCAGUAGAAGAUAAAAAAUACAAACACUGAAGAAUACAUACUGUACUGUAAAAGCAAAGCAACCACCAGUAUUUUUCAUUAUUUAAAUUAAAUAAUCUGGUGCAUACAUGCAAUGAAUUUUUCAUGUAACUAGUAACUUCUUGGACUUUCCACUGACUCUUGUAAUGAGGUGGUAUUAUUAUUAUCAGUUGUCAAAAAAAAAGACUACACAUGUAUAACUGUUUUAUAAAGGAGGUUAGAAAUGUUUAUCUUGUAAUACUGUAAUACUGUUUUUGUUAUGGAGUUCGACCUACUUUCUCAUUGUUUUGAAUCCAAGACCAUUAAAUGCAAAACAAUCAUGGAAGUUAAUUCAUGUGCCAUGCAGAUUUGAAAAUUUUAUUUGAACAUGUAUAUCAAAAAUUAUUUGUAUGUAUGUAGAAUUGGUUCAAUAAAAUGAAGAUCAUCUAUUAGAUAUGUAAU